GAUGAACUUGCUAUGUUUAUUAGUGAACAGCUCCCAGUGCAGAGUGGCAAGGUUUGGGUGUCCAAUCACACUUCUUAUGCUGUAACUCAAAUGGUGCCUAAGGAAAAGAGGUUGAUAAAAUUAUCACCAGUAGCAAUAAUGAAAGCUAUCAAGAAUGAUACUGAGAUCAAAGGAAUGGAGGAGUGUCAUAUUCGUGAUGCAGCUGCACUGUGCCUUUAUUUCUCUUGGCUUGAAAAGGAGGCUGCAAAAGGAACUCAGACUGAAAUAUCUGCAGCUGACCAGCUUCAAAAAUUUAGAGAAGAACAGGAGAACUUAGUUGGUCUCAGUUUCUCUACUAUCUCAUCAGUUGGACCCAAUGCUGCAGUAAUCCACUAUUCUCCGGCCCCUGAAACUGACCGAAAGAUUACUACUGAUGAGGUUUAUCUCUGCGAUUCUGGGGGACAGUAUAAGGAUGGAACAACAGAUGUUACAAGAACCCUCCAUUUUGGCACACCUGACCAGUUUUUGCAGGAGUGUUUCACUCGUGUCCUGAAGGGGCAAAUUGCCAUGGCAUCCUGCAUCUUCCCCACCAAAAUCAAGGGUAACUGUUUAGACACCCUUGCCCGCAAGGCCCUUUGGGAUGUCGGCCUAGACUAUGGGCAUGGAACAGGGCAUGGGAUUGGCAUGUACCUGAAUGUGCACGAGGGGCCAAUGGGUGUGUCAUGGCGGUCAUACCCAGAUGACCCAGGUCUGCAAGAAGGCAUGUUCCUCUCUGAUGAACCUGGCUACUAUGAGGAUGGAAAAUUUGGCAUUCGUAUUGAUAUUGUUCGCAUUGUGAAAGCUGAAACUCCACACAACCAUCGUGAUCGAGGGUUCCUCACCUUUAAGACAGUCACUCUUGUCCCAAUUCAGACAAAACUGGUGGAUCCGACCAUGCUGACAAGACAAGAGAUUGAUUGGCUGAACAGAUACCAUGCGGAAUGUCGGGACAAGGUUGGAAAACUUUUGCUAGAGCAAGGUCACAAGGAGGCUUAUGAUUGGCUUGUAAGGGAAACUCAGCCUAUUGGCUAAUAAGAAUGAAAUGAAAAAUCAGUGACUGCAGAUUCCUAUGUUUUACUAUGAAAAUAUAGUGAGAUUUCAAAACUGGCACCUAAAGUGACAAGGGCCACAGUGGGUUUAAUAAUUGAAAUGUAUGUAGACUGUGCUUUUUAAGUGAUUAAUUUUAGAGUUUGGGGAUAGAUUCCUUAUGUUUUACCUUUAACACAAAUUGGUGCGCAAUGAAACUGAACCAGGUUCCCUUUAGGUACAUAUACUGAAACAUAUUGCCUAUCACUGCCAUGUUAAAUGUCAAGGAUUCUUGAUGUUUCCAGAUGAAGACAAUGUGUCAUGUGCUAAUUUACAAAUAUGAAUGUGCUCUUUUAAUAAAAUAAUCAAUAAGG